AGUGACUGUCUAUGAGAUCUUUGGAUAUGAAAAUGACCAAGUGCCAUUUUCCCUUAGAAUCAUUGAUACUCCUGGUUAUGGAAACACAAAUGGAGAGAAAAUGGACAAGCAGAUGGAACAAGACCUGUGUCAUUUGUUCCAGUGCGAAGACGGAGUUCACCAGAUUGAUGCAAUUUGCUUAGUUGUGAGGGCAUCACAGAACCGCCUUACCCCACAGCAACGCUGUAUUUUUGAUGCUGUUCUCUCUUUAUUUGGGAAAGACAUGAAAAAAACCGUCAUUCCGGUCAUCACAUUCUCAGUCCGUGGCAAACCUGCUGCCCUUGCAGCUAUUAAUAAAUUUGAUUUCCAAUGGUGUAGAGAUAAAAGUAAUAAUCCAAUUUACUUCCAAUUUGAUAACACUCCUGAGGAUGUGGAGGACUAUGAUGUCUCACCCAAAGAAUCCAAAGCUGCCUGGGACAAAAGGAAGCAAAGCCUGCAAGCGUUUUUCGAGUACCUAAACAAUCUGGAGACAAGAAGUUUGGUGAUGACUCAUAAAGUUCUUUUCGAACGUGAGAAGCUGGAAUGCUGCGUGCAGAGUCUUCAGGAUCAGAUUAUGCAGGCUGAACAUAAGCAGAAUGAGAUCAGGCAAACCCAGGAGGCCUUGGAGAAGAACAAAGAGGAAAUACAGAAAAACAACAACUUUGAAUAUGUUGUGGAAGAAAGUUUUGCAGACAAAGUUGAAUCAGAUACAUAUGCAACUCUCUGUAAAAAAUGUCAGUUCACUUGCCACUAUCCAUGCAGUAUUUUCCAAGAUAAGAUUUUCUGGUGCGCAGUAACUCCCUACUCAGACUGCAUAUCAUGUCCUGGGAAAUGCAGCCUCUCCGACCAUGUCACAGAAAAAAUGAGGUAUGUGCCAAAAGUCAGAAAGGUGACAAGGACAUUAAAGAAACUGAAAGAGAAAUAUGAAGAAUCAUCCAGGGGGUUUGAAAGUCUGCAGAAAAUGCUUCAAGAGGAAUUAAGUGAAAUAGAAAGAGAAAAGCUGAGGCUUAUUUUUGAAUCAUACAACCAUAUCAUUAGACUACAUGAAAUAGCCCUGAGGCCAGAGUCAUUGUCCAUCUUACCAAAUAUCAAAUUCCUGAUUGAAAGGCUGCGUGAAAUUAAUCAGAUUGACAAAGCUCAGAAAUUGGAAGAUAUACAAAAAAGGGCUAUGAAGGCACACAACACUGAGGAGGGAGAGCAGUCCAGAUUCAUGAAAUUCAUUGCCAGUUUUUAUCCAUGAAAAGAGGACUUGUGAAUGGCAGUGGAUCCUUCGUCAGCUUUUCACAUUGAGCUGAGGAAGGAAUUAUAAAUGAAUUAAAAUUUUCAUAUUUAAUCUUUUGAUUUCUUACUUCCUUGUUCAUUUUGAUUGAAAGGAAAUGGUAUUUCAUAUUACUGAAAGAAUUUUAUAGGAUUUAGAUAUGACAGAUAGUUUGAAGAGACUUUAUCUAAUUUCUCUGUUACUAGUUUGUUUUAUUUCUUUGAUCUCAGAAUUGAUAACAAGAUAACAAACAUAACUAAUUGCAUGAGUGUCAGCAAAAGUCUCAAACUGGCACACUGGCUAAAUUGUUGAAGUUAGGGUCUGGGAAACGGCAGUGUGCGAGCAAACUAUUUGAGUUCCAGAUUUGAGAUCCCAAAGCAAACCCCACUUUACUUGAUGGGUGUUGAAAGAACUGUGCAAAGCCUGGUAAUGCAAAUAGUAUCUGCAUCACCUUUAACAUACGAUGGAGAGAAACAACAGGACUAAAGAUCAUGAGGUGGAAAAUUUGUGCUGAAACAGGACUGACACAGCAUGAUGCCUUUCCUUCAACUCUCAUGUCUAUGAGACAAAGACCACAGGAUCAUGUCUGCAUGAGAUAAUUGUGGGCAGAUCUGUGAACACUGAUUAUUCGCCAUCCUUAAAUGCAAAAACUGCAGGU